CCCCCCUCCCCCUUCCCACCCAAUGACGGAGGGGAAGGGUUGAUGCCCCCCGCGCUCGAGACAAGCAGCGCGUUGACCGCGUCUUCAAGCCAGUUUGUGAUCCUCGUCAUCGCCACGAGCAACUGCGUGAAUUCACCUAUAUUGGCGAAGGGAGAGCACCGAGCUGAGCGGGAGAAGCACGCACACUUGUGCGUACGUACGAUCGCGCAAAUGGAGCCGCCAAGGCCGCCCAGCGCGCUGCUGGCCUCGCCGCCCGAACUGUCGCCUACCGAGCAGGAGGUGCUCGACGAGUAUGAGCGCUUGGCUGAGAACAUGAAGAAACUGGCAUCCAUGCUCGACCACCUCGCCAGCGCGCCGACCAGCGAGAUCCUCGACGGCUUGCGCGAGCUCGAGCGCAAGACGAGCCUCGUCUUCACGUUACUCAAAGCCAGCGUGUACAGCAUUGUGCUGCAGCAGGAGAUUGACUGGGGCGGCGGUGGUGACCAGCAGUAGCUGUAGCUGUAGUAGUAACAAAAAAAGAGCAGAAAGAAAAAAAAAAAAGGGGGG